GGUUGGGGGUUUAGUGGAUGUGGCAGAGGGUCUAGCGAAUCAUUUAUCCGAUAGAGGAUUUUGUUGAAGUCAACUGCUUACCAGCCUUUACUAGCGGAGUAUAUAUCGUUUAAAAAUCCAUUGCAGUACCGACUUUGUUUUAGUUUAUUCGGAGCUCAACGCCGAUGAUUACUCCAAUUCUCUCUCUGUUUUUUCAUCACCGUCUUUGAGGAUUGCUCUGCAACAGUUUAUGGAAUGUUUUCUGAGCUUUUCUCAUGCCCCUCCCACUACUUCUAUCUUGCGCCGAUCGGUGACCCACGCUUCUAAGACAAACAGAAAUGGCUGGCUGAGAGCUAAACUCCACGAGGAUGAUGACCCAUUAUUCCGAGCCGCCAUUAAUGCCGCUUCUCUUCGUUUUCAGGAGACCCAUCGACCAGAGCCUCUUUUUGUUGAUCCGUACGCUGGUUGCUUUGUUAGUCCUCAUAUUCAGAUGGAUAUGAGGAAGUCUCUGCACCCCUAUUGCAUAGCAACUAAGUUCGUUGAUGAUAAGUUGCUCCGUACAGUGAACCAUAUUGAUGGACUUAAGCAGGUUGUUUUGCUAUCAGAUGGCAUGGAUACUCGGCCAUAUAGGCUUAGUUGGCCAACUUCAACCAUCAUAUUUGAUGUUUCUCCAGAAAGGGUAUUUAAAAGAGCAGCUGAAAAGCUUGAAGGUGUUGGCGCUAAACUUCCAAGAAGUUGCUUGUUCCUCCAUGUUCCAUUGGAGUCUUCCAAUUUGCAGCAAAGUCUGCGUGCAAAAGGCUUUAAUGGUAAUCAGCCUAGUAUAUGGGCCAUCCAGGGUCUACCUCUGAUGACUUUGAGAAGUUUUGAAGAGAUAUUGCUCGUUGUAAGUUGUUUGGCUAUGAAUGGAAGUUUUUUCGUGGGAGAACUGCCUUCUUGGUUGCAGAAUACUGACAUAGGGAUCAAGUCUACAACAGGGGAAUGGAUGGAAAAGCUAUUCAAGAGCAAUGGGUUCUGGGUGGACAUGGUUAUCCACAAGGGUGUUGCAAAGAGUUUGGGGAAGGAUCUAGCAUCCAUUAAAUAUGAGAAUAUACUAUUUGUUGCGGAGCAUUUGCGGUUUUCUGAUGAUCAGAUUUCCAAGUUAUAUUUACAGAUGGAAACUUGGAGAGCAGAAUUACAGAGAGUUGAGGAACAAGGGGAUGAAGAAGGUUUUGAGGAGCUAUAAAUGAAACUAAUUGAACAUUUUCGUGUUUUUCAGAAAUCUGGUUCUUGCUAUCGUCUGCUUUAUUUAAGCUGCUAGAUAGUGCAUAAUUGUCUGUAAUAAAGCGUAUGGAUCUUGGCUCCAUGAUGCCUCUUUCCUUACAAUAUAUAAUUUUUUUUUUUAUUUUUUCAUUUUUAAUUUGAUAACGCUGAGAUUUAGGAGUUCUUUAUUCAUUUCUUUAAGAGUGAAGCUUCAGAAAGAGUUGCCCUUGUACAACCGUUCAAUACGUGUUCUAUUUCGAAAAUAAUGAUAUCAAUGUUCAUUUUGUUAUACA